AUGGGUCACCGAAAGGCAGUUUCCAGCGUCAAGUUUUCUCCAGACGGAAAAUGGCUGGCCAGCUCAUCUUCGGACAAGACGAUCAAAAUCUGGAGUGUCUUUGAUGGAAAGCACGAACGUACAAUGGAGGGACACUCGCAGGGACUUUCAGAUGUUGCUUGGGCUUCGGACUCGCUUUCGCUCUGCUCUGCAUCCGACGAUAGAACAGUUCGCAUCUGGGACCUUGGAACAGGCGAGACCACCAAGAUCCUACGAGGACAUACACACUAUGUCUUCUGCGUCAAUUAUAGCCCGCAGUCGGAUUUGAUUGUGUCAGGAUCGUUCGACGAGACCGUUAGGAUCUGGGAUGCCAGGAAAGGAAAAUGCAUCAGGACACUGCCCGCACAUGCAGACCCUGUCAAUGCGGUUCACUUCAACAGAGAUGGCAGCACUAUUGUUUCUGGCAGCCACGAUGGUAUUGUACGUAUCUGGGAUACAGCAACGGGACAAUGCCUCAAGACAUUGGUUGAUGACAAUAACCCACCGGUAUCGUUUGUCAAGUUCUCGCCAAACGGCAAGUUCAUCCUUGCCUCCACGCUGGAUGGGACGAUACGCCUCUGGAACUACCACACAGGAAAGUGUCUGAAAGCAUACACGGGACAUAAGAAUGACUCUUACUGUGUCUUUAGCAGCUUCUCCGUGACGGGCGGCAAGUGGAUUGUAAGCGGUAGCGAAGACAAUUGUAUAUAUAUCUGGAAUCUCCAAACCCGAGAAGUCGUUCAGAAACUGGAAGGGCAUAGUGAUGUCGUACUGUGUGUGGCCUGUCAUCCCACGCAAAAUAUAAUCGCCUCAGGGGCCAUUGACAACGACAAGACGAUCAAGAUAUGGGUGGACACUUCGAGUGUAUGA